GGGGGAAGGGGUCGCUGAAGUUGACGGAACCGCCAUCUUGAAAAGUGCCCUCCGAUGAUCUGCCUUUUCGCGCCUGUCAGAAUCAGUUUUAAACGCUUUCUUUUCCUUUCCGGAUUUUCGUGUUAUUUCUGUGUACGUUUUUGUCAAGGCCUGGGGCUGAUGGCAAGAUAAGCUACAUGCUGGAGACUCGCCGUUUACCGUAGUCUAUCGGUGUUUGCUGUUGAACUGCUGUAUGUUUGCUGCUUGCCAGUCUGUCCAUCACCGCUGUCUGCCUGUCUGUCCGUCCGGCUAGCCUGGAAUGGGCCACAACUCCCAAAGACUAAAACACACCUCUUUAUAACCUGAGCUCCACCCUUUGGACUCCAGUAUACCCACAGAGCCAAAAUGUUUUGGAAGUUUGACCUCCAUACCACGUCGCACAUCGACACGCUGUUAGAGAAGGAGGAUGUGACGCUGACGGAGGUGAUGGAUGAGGACGACGUCCUGCAGGAGUGCAAGGCCCAGAACCAUAAACUGGUCGACUUCCUGCUGAGACCACAGUGUAUGGAGGACCUGGUCACAUACAUCACACAGGAACCCAAUACAGAUGUUGAAGAAAAGGUUAAAUACAAGUAUCCCAACAUAUCCUGUGAGCUGCUUACAUCAGAUGUGGGCCAGAUCAACGACAGACUGGGAGAAGAUGAAAAACUGCUGAUGAAACUGUACGGCUUCCUCCAGAAUGAGCCGCCUCUCAACCCGCUCCUGGCCAGCUUCUUCUCCAAGGUGCUCUCCAUUCUGAUAGGACGCAAACCGGAACAGAUUGUGGAAUUCCUGCGGAAGAGGGAGGACUUUGUAGACUUAAUGAUCAAACACAUAGGGACAUCUGCCAUCAUGGACAUGCUGCUCAGAAUGCUCACCUGCAUCGAACCACAGCAGCUACGGCAGGACGUUCUGAAUUGGCUAAAUGAGGAAAAGGUGAUUCAGAGGCUGGUGGACAUGGUGCAACCAAGUCAAGACGAGGACAGACACUCCAAUGCCUCCCAGUCUCUUUGUGAGAUCAUCAGACUGAGCAGAGACCAGAUGUUCCAGGUCCAGGGCUGCUCAGAGCCAGACCCACUUCUAGCCACACUUGAAAAGCAGGAGACGGUGGAGCAGCUGCUGGCUAAUAUUGACAAGGAGAAAAAUGAAUCUGCAAUUGUCAGUGUUAUCCAGAUUCUCCUCACAUUGUUUGAGACCAGAAGACCAGCGUUUGAGGGUCACAUGGAGUGCCCCCCUGGGAUGUCCCACCCUUCAUUCUCAGUCAACCACAGCAUCCUAGAGGCUGUAAGACCCCGACUCAAAGACUUUCACCAGCUGCUACUGGAACCCCCAAAGAGGAACAUGAUGAAGACAACGUGGGGGGUACUGGACCCCCCUGUGGGAAACACAAGGCUCAAUGUGGUCAGACUGGUGGCCAGCUUGUUGCAGAGCAACACACACAGCAUCAACACAGAACUCAUCAACCUCAACACACUGGGAGUCAUACUAGAUAUGUAUUUCAAAUACAUCUGGAACAACUUCCUCCACAUUCAGGUGGAGAUCUGUACAGCCAUGAUCCUGGCAAUGCCCCCUGCCCCCACUGACCCCCAGCCAGACACAGAGCAAGAACACGCAAGGGAGAGCAUUCUUAUCAAACAUUUGUUUCAAAAGUGCCAGUUUAUACAGAGAAUCGUAGAGGCCUGGAGCUCCAACGAAAAAGAACAGGCGGAAGGUGGACGACGAAGAGGCUACAUGGGUCACCUGACCAGAAUAGCAAAUUCAAUAGUUCACAACUGUGACAAAGGCCCUAAUGGACCACAGAUACAGCAGCUCAUCUCUGAUCUUCCAGCAGAAGACAGAGAGAAAUGGGAGGCCUUUAUUUCUGUGCAGCUGGCCGACACAAACAAGAGAAACACUGUCGACCUGGUGAACACACACCACAUCCAUUCUUCAAGUGAUGAUGAGGUGGACUUUAAAGACAGUGGCUUCCACCAGGACUCCUCUCUACAACAAGCCUUUUCUGAUUAUCAGAUGCAACAAAUGACGUCCAAUUUUAUUGAGCAGUUCGGCUUCAAUGACGAAGAGUUUGCUGAUCAGGACGAUGUUGUGGAUAUUCCCUUUGAUAGAAUAUCAGACAUCAAUUUUUCACUGAAUACAAAUGAAAGUGCGAAUAUAGCUUUGUUUGAGGCUCGCUGUAAGGAGAAAAUCCAGCAGUUUGAAGAUGCUGGUUCGGACGAGGAGGAUAUCUGGGAUGAAAAAGAUAUCACCUUCGCACCAGAGGCACAGAGACGCCCCAGGAGCUCAGGCAGCACAGACAGUGAGGAGAGCACAGACUCAGAGGAGGAGGAUGUGAAGAGAGAUCCAUUUGAAGCCUCCAACCCCAUCACAGAUGACAGAAUGGAAGUCGACACAGGGCCAGUUUGGACGGCCAACUUUGAUGACAUCCCCAUGGACACAGGUACAUCCACAGCUCCAGCCUCCAGCCCCAACAACCCUACUGCCCCAUCUCCUCUGGCCUCGCCCCCAUCCUCCACAGAAGCCCCCCCUGAGCCAUCCUGGAGCUCCUCUCCUGGUGCAGCUUCCAACUCUGAAACAGGCUGGGCAGAUUUCUCCAACUUCACCCCCGUCAGUCCAAAAGACCCUCUGAGGUGCAACUCUCCUGUUGCUAUGGAAACAAGCAUAGAGGCAAUGGACCCUCUAGGGGUUAAUGCACCUAUGCAGCCUGAAGACUGCGACGGCUGGUUGGGUACAGGUGAGGCUUCUCCCUCCUCCACCACACCAAAGGACUGCGGGAGAACCAAAGCAGCAGAGGAAACGGCCUGUUCUGAGCAGCGCAGCAUCACAGAGACGGUUAUCAACGGCUCCAUGAAAGAAACAGUCAGUCUCACUGUUGACGCCAAAACUGAGACCGCCGUCUUCAAGAGUGACGAAGAGAAGAGUUCUUCAGAGAAAUACGCCGUAGUUGAAUGUGCGGAAUCCGAGAGAACAGGCUUCAACAGCUCAGCCACAGCCUGCUGUCCAAAAACAGGCAGUGACAAGUGUCGGCCUGCUGUGGAGCUUCCCAAUGGUCCUCUCGAGGAUAUGUCAGCCGUAGAGGAGGCCAAACUGGACCAGAGUGCCGUGUCAGAGCCAGCUGUAAACGGGCCGGCGUGAGGGUCACCGAAAGCCAGCUAAUAGCCAGCCUGUUCUGCCAUGCAGGGCUCUCCUCCUGACCAGCCAGCGGAGAUGACUGCUCAGAGCUGUACCAAUCACAUGAACCCCAACCCCCCAUCAGGACCAGCAAUACCCCCUUCAGCUCAUCACAGACAGACAGACAGACAGACAAACAGGUGUACAGACACAGAAGGAACUGCAAAAUGUACCCAAACGGAUACAGAAUAAUUUUUUUCAGCAUUUGUUUAUAUACUAUUGUUAUUAUGAGGUGACGUGCGACUGAUAACUUGCCACUCAAAAUUAAAAUAGUAAUGUUGCUAUAGUUAAAGAAAUGAUUGUAUGAAUAAAAUAUUUUAUAAAAAGAAAAAUGUAUACAGAAACAUAAGAUGACUCACCACAGGAUGAGCUAAUUGGUCACCCAGCUGACCACUGAGCUGUUGUCUCCUGCUGGAUCUGUUAUUCUGCAUACAACAGUCUGACACUUAAUACAGCAGUUGCUUUAUUUAAAUCCUCACUCACCAUUGGUCUGUGUCUCUGAGCGGAGCUGCUCCCAUGAUUGAACCACGUUUUUAAAUCCCACUUAAAGUUUUAUUUUGCUGCAGGUAUUAUUUGUAAAUGUUUUUUCUCUUGUAUUCUUAUGCAUUGAGUAAGAUUUGACAAGCCUUUUCUGAUAUAAUUUUUUUAUUUAUUAUGAAAGUAAGAUGAUGUUUUGUUACUAAAGAGCCAUACCAACACGCCCUCUCCCCUUCUAGCAGGCUGCAUUCAUGCUAACUGGGUUCUUACCUCGCAGCUAGAAGGCUUUAUGGGAGAGAUCCAGUACGGCGUCACGCGGCCUAAACUGGGAGCUGUAAAUGCAUUUUGAGCUUGUGUUUUUAGUCCCAACUAAACUUAUUCAGAACCA